AUAAAUACUGACUCAUGCAGUAACAUUUUCACUAUUCUUCUUGAACAGACUACAUUAGAGGAAAUAAUGCAGCUUCAAGUUUUCAUUCCUUUGUGCGUGGUCUUCUUGUGCGUUGUUGAUAGCCGCAGUACGGAUUUUCAACGACGUCGUUUUCUUCAAGAAAUAAGAGCACUCAGAGGGUCUCUAGAAUUGACGACCGAGGAGCCCACUCCCACGGUGAGCUAUCCAUCAUCAUCCCCAGAUGAGGUUCCUGAUGUCGACAUUCCAGAAAUAGAUUACGAGAACUGGCCAUAUGCAAUGAUGGAAUUUACAAGUCUGAUUGGUAGAUGCAUAACAUCACGAGCCAUAGCCCAGAUGAUGCCCAACAAACCCCGAAACAAAUUUCUGACUGAAUCUUGCCCACUUAUACUACAAGAGCUCGAAUCUGAGUCGAAAGAAAGCGUUAAAGACGAAAUAGAGGAAUUUGGUGAAGAGCAUUUCGGUGUUUUACAAU